GUGCUGAUCAUCUAUGAGCACUUGGCUCUCCUCGAACAAGAGGUCGAAUAUAUGUGGGACUGGACAUUCACAGGAGUCACGGUCUUGUUCCUCGUGAACCGAUACAUUCUCCUCCUGUCUGCCGCAUUAGGAAUACUGUCUGUGUUUGACUGGAGAGAUGCCACG